AUGGCUGGAGCAGGUGGUGGUGGUGACGAGUAUCAUCAGUUGGACGGCGCUCAACGUCUGUUACUGGAUGCGAUGAAUGCACAGAUGCAACGUUUGCUGGACCGUACCAAUGAGGAGGUCUAUGGACGACUAGAAGCUUUGGAGAACCAAGCCAAUCAGAAUGCUAGACGAAAUAUAGAUGGGAAUAGAGGUAACAAUGGCGGUAAUGACGGACCGAGGCAGAACCGGGUUGAGGGAGUAAAGCUCAAUGUUCCUCCCUUCAAAGGUAGAAGUGAUCCAGAUGCCUACCUGGACUGGGAAAUGAAGACUGAGCACGUAUUUGCCUGCAAUGACUACACUGAUGCGCAGAAAGUCAAGCUAGCAGCAGCUGAAUUCUCCGACUAUGCCCUUGUUUGGUGGCAUAAAUACCAAAGAGAAAUGUUGAGAGAGGAACAGCGAGAGGUAGAUACAUGGACUGAGAUGAAACGGGUGAUGAGAAAAAGGUAUGUGCCCGCUAGCUAUAACAGAACCAUGCGACAGAAACUCCAAGGGCUGUCCCAAGGGAAUUUAACCGUGGAAGAAUAUUAUAAAGAGAUGGAAAUGGCGUUAGUGAGGGCCAACAUCGAAGAGGACUCCGAAGACACAAUGGCUCGUUUCCUGAAUGGUCUAAACCCUGAAAUCAGAGAUGUUGUUGAAUUACAGGAGAGGACCACGAUCAUGAAGGCUGAUGGAGAAAUCACUAGUGAGUCUGAAAUCAAUGAAGAAGAAGUGGAAGAAGAAGAGUAUGAGGAGGAAGCUAUGCAUGGUGAUAUGUUGAUGGAAGCUGUACCAAUGUUGCAAGUUCCACAUUAG